UGGAAUCGGAUUUAAAUAUCGAAAUAUUACCCGUAGUCUAUGAAAUUAUCCGCAGGUUGGUAUGGGUUAGGUUUUGUUUUCCUUUUUAAAAAUAGAAAAUUUGACGGAACGUUUUUACAAACUGUCUGAUUUGAAUUGCUGUGGAAAAGGAUCAUCACGAUAACACAGCUAAAACCAGAGAGUCACAAGAUUGCGCCCAGAAGGUUUUGGAGCUUCAGAGGCGACUGGAUCAGGCCAGGGCUGAUAUUCGGCUACUCCCGGGCAUUGAGUUUAGCAAAGAACAGCAACUGAAUCAUUUAGAAGCGCUUAAAACACAAUUAAAGUUGAAACAAGAGCUCUUGCAAAAGUACCGAUACAUGUACCCCUUUGAAUUCCAGAAACCUUAAAGUAGGAUGGUAUUUAGAUUUUUAAUAAGAUACUUGGCAAAUAAUGAGCACCUAGUUCAAAAACUCAGUGAGUCUUAUCCCAUGCGCAGGGCCGCUCAACUUGUGGUGCGCGUAAUGUUUCAUGGCAAAAAUUUUAUUGAAGAGAACCGUUUGCACGAAAAGCUAACGCCGGAACAGUUCAAAACCCUUAUGAGAGAUAUCGCGGAGAACUUCCAGAAACAGAUAAAGCAAACUCAAGAGAAUUUGCAAAGGAAAAUGAAACAAUAG